AUGGAUUCUGACGACAAUGGCAGCCUGUCAACUACAGAGUCCCAGAACUCUCCAUCCCAGCACAGGAGAAGUUCCUGCUCCAGACAUGAAGACUGGAAGCCUUCAGAGGUGUUUAGGACAGACCUGAUCACCGCCAUGAAGUUGCAUGACUCCUACCAGCUGAAGCUGGACGAGUACUAGGUGUUGGCAGAUCCCUGGACGGAAUGGGAGAAAGGGGACCAGGUGCCUGUGAGCCCCGGGACCAUCCCGCAGCCUGUGGCCAGGGUUGUGUCCGAAGAGAAAUCCCUCAUGUUCAUCAGGCCCCAGAAGUACAUAGUGUCCUCGGGCUCUGAGCCUCCUGACUUGGGCGACGUGGACUUCCCGUCGCUGGCCGACAGCGUGUGUCCAUACGACCUGAACGACAUGGAUGCCGCGUGGCUGGAGCUGACCAAUGAGGAGUUCAAGGAGACGGGAAUGCCCGAACUGGAUGAGUUCACCCUGGAAAGGGUCCUGGAGGAAUCUGAGCAGCGAUGCUAUGACAAUAUGAAUCAUGCCAUGGAGACCGAGGAAGGCCUAGGGAUCGAGUAUGAGGAAGACGUGGUCUGUGACGUCUGCCAGUCCCCCCAUGGUGAGGACGGCAACGAGAUGGUGCUCUGCGACAAGUGCGACAUCUGUGUGCACCAGGCCUGUUAUGGAAUCCUCAGGGUGCCAGAGGGCAGUUGGCUAUGUCGGACCUGUGCCCUGGGAGUCCAGCCAAAAUGUUUGCUGUGUCCCAAGAAGGGUGGUGCUAUGAAGCCCACCCACAGCGGAACCAAGAGGGUCCAUGUCAGCUGUGCCCUGUGGAUCCCUGAGGUGAGCAUUGGCAGCCCCGAGAAGAUGGAGCCCGUCACAAAGGUGUCUCACAUCCCCAGCAGCCAGUGGGCGCUCGGGUGCAGCCUCUGCAACAAGAAGUUGGGGGCCUCCAUACAGUGCUCCGUGAAGAACUGCCGCACGGCCUUCCACUUGACCUGUGCUUUUGACCGGGGCCUGGAAAUGAAGACUAUCUUGGCAGAGAAUGAUGAAGUCAAGUUCAAGUCCUACUGCCCAAAGCACGCCUCCCACCGGAAGUCUGAGGAGAGCCUUGGAUCUGUGUGCAGAGUCCAGGAACAGAUGUUCAGUCUGUACACUAAGCUCUUGGAGCAAGAAAGAGUUUCAGGUGUGCCUUCUUCUUCCUGCUCCUCCUUCUCACUGGAACACAUGCUUCUGUUUAAUAGUCCUUCUGUGGGUCCCGAUGCUCCCAAGAUAGAUUACUUGAAAUGUCAUUCUGCAUUCUUCAGGAAACAAAUGGGUACUUCCUUGGUUCAUUCCCUGAAAAAGCCCCAUAAUCGAGACCUGUUGCAGAAUAGCAGUGGGGGUGAGGGCAAGGCCCUGUCCCGGCAGCCAGGGCUGUGUGGUGUGAGGGAGGGGCUGGGGGUCCCAGAGAGCUUUCUGAGUUUUGAAAAGAUCAUAUCAGCACAACAGAAAAAUGGUGUGGUGACACCAGACCACGAGAAAAGAAGAGACAAUCGUUUUCAUUGUGACCUCAUUAAAGGAUACUUGAAGGACAGACCUUUUAAACAGAGUCGCAAGCCUAUCAGGUCCACAGAUGUGUCCCAGAGGCAUCUGGACAACAUGAGAGCUGCCCCCUCCCCUGGAGUGGGGCAGUUGGAGCCUGGAGCCAGGAGGGACAUGGUGCCCAGGUGCAAUGGCUCCCUAGUCAGAGUGACCUGUAGUCAGACCACAGUCCAAGUGCCUACAACACCUGCCAGCCCAGGGAAAGACUGGGGGGGGUUCCGGAUUCCAAAGAAGGGGGAGCGGCAGCAGCAGGGAGAGGUCCCCGAGGGCACCUGCCACCAGCACUCAGACUACCCCUACCUGGGCCUAGGCCGAGCUCUAGCCAAGGAACAAGCAAAAAGCAAAUUAAAGCCUGACAGCGAGAAUGACGGGUAUGUCCCUGAUGCAGAAAUGAGUGACUCGGAGAAGAAGUGUGUCCAUGCCAGCAGCACCAUCAGCAGGAGCACAGACAUCAUCAGGAGGAGCAUCCUGGCCUCCUGACCCCUGGCCUGUCGCCAUGUGCUGGGGAGGUCUGGUGGCGGGGACAAGCAGAAGCCCUUUAUUCCUUAGCUACACAAACACAUUUUUACAAUUCAGAUUGAAUUUUUUUCCAGUCAUUUAUAAAUCAUCGUUGUGAGAAGUUUGUGUUAUUUGCAGCUUGUUGAGGAGACAGAAGAGUAGAUUGUAACUGUUAAGACAUGGUAGAUUAGCACCUGAAUUAAACACUACACAGGAUGAGUGGAGUCAGUGUGGACG